AUGUAUCAAAAGGAAGAAGGAUGGGGUCCCAAACCGACAAAUCCCCCUAUCCCGUGGGGAAAGGAAGCAAGCAAGUGUAAUUGGUGUUCAGUAAACAAGAAAUAUUGUUAUUGUGGUUCUAUAACUGAUUGGAAUUGGGAUGAUGUUGAAUAUAAAAAUUAUAAGUGGUGCAGAUGGUGUCAAAAAACUAAUCAUAAUACGAAUCAUUGUUGGGAUGCGCCGAAAUUACCUAAAAUCAUGAGUCAUGAGCCAAAAUUACCUGAAGUCACGAGCCAAGAAUGGAAAGAAAAGUUCAAGUGUUUAAAUUGUUCGAAAAGAUGUAGAGUUGUUUAUCAUGAUGAGGGAAAACAAUGUCCCAAAACUUAUCCAUAUAGUGAUUCCAGGCAUUGGAAUAAUGACUGGUGGAAAACAGAUUUAUAA